AUGAAAAUCCUUUCAUUUUUCAUCCUACAAAUACUUUUCCACUUCGUCUCUGCGCAGAAAAAAUUGAUUUUUGCGCAAGCUGUGAGCCCAGAAGUCAUAUUUUCAGCAAAACAAAAAGUCUUGUUUUCCAGAUAUUCCGUCAUGGCGCGCGUGCACCGUCAGCCGGCUUUUCGAGUUCAAAAGCUGCAGCAAAAUUUCCACGUGGAUUGGGAGAAUUGUCCGAUGUGAGUUGCGGAAUAUUUUUCGAAAAAUCGCUCGUGCACGUUGAAUGCGUCAAUGACUGAAAACUGACGCGUUUGUGUGUUAGCGCAAUCUCCGUUUUUACUUUUAUUUUUCGAGUUUUCAAAAUUAAAAAUAAUUAAAUGUUUUUGAUUUGCGAAAAAUGUUCAUAUACUUUAUUUUUAUAUGUUUCCUGCAGAUAUUCCAACUGAUUAGAAGCCCGUAGCCAGCGCCUUACCAAUUACAAGAUUAAACAAGUUCUUUGCGAAACCAUUAACCAUUAUCAUUUCAGCAAGGCUAUGAAAACUCCCACAAACUUGGUAUUCUUCUCAAAAAACGAUAUGUUGACACCGGAUUCCUUGAUAAAAACCUGAAACCAUCUGAAAUGUUAUGGCGAUCAGUUUUGGUGAACAGAUGUUUGGCGACAGCCGCAACUGUCGGUGCAGCAAUGUUCGGAGAUUUUGAAAAACACCUUCAUACACCAAUUUACACAGCAUCAAAGAAAACUGAAACGGUAAAUUUUUGAUCGAAAACUUUUUCUAUAUUUAACCCAAAUCCAAGUCAAUUUUUUAUAGUUGCUAAAUCAUAACGUUGAUACGUGUUAUCGCGAGCAAGAAUUAUUGAAGGAAAUGUGUCCAGGUUAUGUUCACGGAUCUUAUAAAUCUGUAAGUUUUCGAUACUCUCUGGAAAUUCAGGACAUUUUUUUUCAGUGGACGCUUUUUGAAACAUUUAUUGCGAAGUGUUCCGGAAUCACGGAACAUCCAGCGUUGAGAAAAGUUUUAUUCGAAGAUUUGGAAGCAUACAUUAAUGAAGUAAGUGAAAUCAAGAAAUUUUUAAUUUUAUAAUUUAAAAAUUUCAGUAUAAAAAUGGUAUUCCUCUUCCUGAUUAUUUGGAAGAAGAUAAAGAAGAGUUGUUCAAAUUGUUCACUUCAAAUAGUCAUAAAUAUAUGGGAAUAGGUGAUUUUCGCAAUGAAAAUAUGAUUCGUAUCAAGUUUGGACAUAUUUUGAGAACACUUCAAUUGAAUAUUAAAGAAGCUUGGGAAUGUAACAAAAAUAAUAACAAUGAAGAAUGUAAAAAAUUCAAAUUUUAUUCAUCGGUGAGUAUUUCAUCCAUCAAUAUUCAACAGUUAAUUAACAAAAUAUAUGUUUCAGCAAGAUUGGAUUUUACUCGGAUUACUUGAAUCAUUUGGAAUUCUCGAAUUCACAAUGCGAAAAGAAAUGCCAAAUUAUAACACGAUGCUUCUUUUCGAACUUUGGGAAGAUGGAAAUCAACCAUUUGUCAAAGUUUAUUAUAAAAAAGAGGAGGCUUCUGAAAAUCUUAUUGAUGUUACUGAGAAAGUUGUGAAUUGUGCUGGAAAUCAAGAAUUUUGCAAUUUCGAUAAAUUUAUGGAUUGUUGUAGUGAUUUGUGGGAUGAUGGAGAAAAAGCUUGCAAAGCGAAGAAUUUGAAGAAAAUUAGAAGUAGUAUCAAGGCUGCUGGCAAAAACAAUACUACAAAUGAGAAUGACAAUGUACGUUUUGUUGGGCAUGAAUAG